AUGAAGUCCUGGACCCUCUCGACCGUCGUCGUCCCGCUGCUCGUGCUGUCGACCGCGGUAGCAGCGACGUCCGCUCAACACUCGGUGCGCGGACUCGCUCCGCACGCAGGCAUGGCACAGGUCGUGCGUAAGAGGCAGGGAGGGUUGCUUGGAGGCUUGUUGGGCGGUGGAAAUGAGGCGACGAGCGCGGGGCCUAGUCUGGCUGCGCCUGCGACGACCGCUGCGGCGGGAGACGCGACGAGUAGGGCUGUCAUCGGAGGACAGCAAACGUCGAGUGCUGCUGCUGCCUUGCCGACGAGUGCGGAGACUCCUGCGGCCGUGACGACCACCACGCCGGCUGCCGCGACGCAGCCGACGACGGCGGCCAGUCAGCCGGUCGCGCAGACUUCCGAGUCGUCCUCCGCUGAGACGACGCUCGCCACAACCUCGGCUUCGUCCGCCGUCAAGAGCUCGGUGGCGACCUCUGCGCGCUCGGCCACGACCGUCACGUCCGUCUCGUCGCUCUCGUCCAACUCGCUCUCAGCCUCGUCGAGCGGCAGCGCCUCUUCGUCCUCCGCCUCGUCCUCUGCCUCCGCCGCCUCCGAGUCGUCCAAGAGCAGCAGCGGCGGGAUCUCCAAGAUGGUGCUGAUCCCCAUUAUCGUUGUCGCCUCGGUCGUCGCAGGUUGCCUCGCCAUCUGGACCGUCAUCCGCAAGACGGCCCUCUCCCCCUCGAGGCGCUUCAACAAACGUCUCGCCGAGGUCGACUUCGUCGCUGAACCGACCGACCCGGACCUCCUCCCUGGACACGGCAGGAACGCGAGUCAGAUGAGCGGACCUGGUGCGGGCGGACAGGGUGGGUUCGGUGGGCAGCCGCAUCCCGCGAUGGCGGGUGCGUAUGCGCCGAGUCUCGCGAGGAGCGACAGUGGGAAGGACUCGCUGAGGGGUGGAGUCGCGAUGAGCGAGUCCAUGCACAACCUCCCGAGCAUCCCCUACGUCCAGCAGCCUUACUACGGUGCCCCUGCACCCUACGCCAACUCUCAGCCCGGCUACCCGUCCGAGCAAGCGCUCUACUACCAAGACCUCCAGCGCGCCGGCUCCGUCGCCUCGUUCCGCUCGCCGGCCUCGCCUGCUCCCACACCAGCCAUGCCGCUCCCGUCCGGCCUCAACCGCAUGCCGACGAUGCAGUCGCACCAGCCGCCCGUGUACGACUAUGCUGCGCAGGCUCGCGCGCAGAGUAGGAACGACAUGCGGUACUGA